GCUUGUGGUUUUACAUUAUUUACCAUGCCAGAUAUUUACCGUUCAACAUUAGAAAUUUAGUUUAAAAAAUGGAAUAUGGAAACCAUGGUUUGUACCGCAGUCAAUCCCAAAAUCUUGGACCUAUUAAAGAUAAGAAUAAAAGACCAAAACGAUAUAUGACCCUGCUAAUACUAUUUAAAUGCUUACACUCUCUUGCUACUUUUUUGUGUUAUGAAGUUCUUCAAUCUGCAAGUUUUGUCCAGUUUAUUUUCUUGAUCAAACUUUGUGCAGCAGUACUUUUCAUGGUCAUACACAAACCAAUAUCCCAUGGAAAAAAAUUGUCAAGGAAAGAUUGGAAGCAUAUAGUUACAUAUAGUUGCUGUUCACUUGUAUUGACGUUUUUGUGGAUGGAAGCGCUUAUUAUUUGUGGACCAGUGAGGACUUUGUUGUUAUGGCAACACAGUGACACUGCUAUUAUUGCUAUGAUGAAUCUGUUCUUUAAUACAGAAGGAAAUACUUUACCGACAGCUUCUAGAGGAGGUUUUUUCUACGCAUUUGGUUUGUUUUCAUUGUUUUUCUUUGAUCGUGAUCAUCAUGAUGACCAUGCACAUCAUGGAGUCUCUGCUAUUUCUACCCAUGUUUACCAUCAUUUUAUUGAUGUUUUUAAUUGGUUAGGAUUGCCAGAUCAUAAGGGUGGAAUUCUGCUUUUACUAUGUCUUUCUAUUGCAAAAGUAUUUUUUAAUACUUAUGGAAAUAAAAUUUCGUUGGAUAUUGGUGGCCCUAAGAGAUUGAAAUCUUUGUCAAUCUUCAUGGAAUCUCUUUUUCUCAUUCCAAUUUGGUUAUUUUCAUUUAUUCAAAUAGACUCUGCUACUCAAUCGGUGUUCUCGUUUAUAUCAGAAAUUUUAUUUGUUUUAUUUAUAAUUUUUAUUGGAGAUUUCUAUGUUGAAUCUAUCUCCAUAACACACUUACAUAAAUAUCUAUCGUAUCGUCUUGGAACAAUAGUGUCGUUUUCCUCAGCAGUUGUUAUUGGCAUAAUUUGGGAGUACUGGAAAGAUAUGACUGUAAAACAUAAAAUAUCAACGGGGGUACCUUUUACAGCAAUGUUUUUUAUAGCAGCUACUCGAUUACUUGUACAACCACCACCUGUACGGCCCAGAGGCAAUCUUAUUGGUUACUCAACAAGUGGAGAGCCUCUGUACAGUUAUGCUACAUCUGAUGGUUACGUACCAAAGUCAGUCUUCGUCAAGCUCCGUCAAUACCUUAGAAUAAUUAUUGAAUCUCCCGAUUCAAGAAAUAUUUUUAUGUACCUUUGUUUAAAUUUGAUGUUUACUGGUGUUGAACUUUUGUAUGGUAUGUGGACCAAUAGUCUUGGCUUGAUAUCAGAUGGUUUUCACAUGCUGUUUGAUUGUUCAGCUCUCGUGCUGGGUUUGUGGGCUUCCAUUGCGUCAAAAUGGAGUGCUACUAAAACUUUUUCAUUUGGAUAUGCGCGACUUGAAGUAUUGUCUGGGUUUGUGAAUGGAUUAUUUUUAGUCGUGAUUGCAUUUGCAGUUUUUAUGACAGCCAUGCAACGAAUUUAUGAUCCUCCCACAGUUAGUACAGAAAAACUUCUAUUUGUUUCUGUGGCUGGUUUGGUUGUGAACUUGGUUGGUAUUACUGCAUUUAGCCAUGCUCAUUCACAUGGAGGUAAAGCAUGUGACCAUGGUCACUCCCAUGAGAAACACUCACAUAGCCAAUCAGAUCACAGCCAUAGUCACAACAACCAAAGCCAUGGUCACACACACAGCCAUGGACAUGGUGAUAGUAAACAGAAGAAAGAGAAAAACAGUGCAAACAUGCAAGGCGUAUUUCUCCACGUAUUGGCAGAUACUUUGGGAAGUGUUGGCGUGAUCGUAUCAACAUUGUUAAUACAAUAUUAUGAUUUGUAUAUUGCUGAUCCUAUUUGCUCAUUGUUUAUAUCAGCUCUGAUAUUUUUAAGUGUUAUCCCGUUAUUAAAAGAUAGUUCAUUGGUGCUGUUGCAACGAACAUCUAAAGAACUGGAAGAGCCCAUCGGUGAAGCAUUAUUAAAAAUUCGGCACUUAGAUGGAGUUUUAUCAUACCGAGAUGUUCAUUUUUGGCAACACACCUCAGAAACAAACGCAGGUUCUAUAAUAAUCCAGGUUUCUCCUACAGUUAGUGAACACAAAAUACGCCAACAGGUUAUGUCUAUCCUAAAAGAAUGUGAUAUCAGUUUAUUAACUGUUCAAGUUGAAAAAGAAGCAUUCCACGAACACAUGUCAAAGUUAACCACCGGUUAUUAUUCCUUAGUUUCCUUUCCAGAGACUUCGUCUUUGUACUUAAGAACUACGAAUGAUGUUUCUGUUCGAGUAAAAGAUAUUUAGGAUUUUAUAAUUUUAUAUUUUUUUUAAAUACGUCAUAUCAAUUUUUUAAAUAAACCAUUCUUUUUGUUUCUCUCAUUUUGAAUUAGAUAUGGUCAUACAAAGUGGACUAUCUUUUCAGUUACAAAGUAGAUAUUCUCUUUAAUUACAAAAUUAAUAUUUCCCUUACGUACUCUUGUUUUUACUAUGUUUGGAAAAGUUUAUUUUCAAAAAUAUUUUUAGAGGUUUGUUUCACCCUAGUGACGUGCAGUUAAUGCUGUCAAAAGUAAUUUGUCAGUGAUUAAAACUGCCUUCCCCCCUUUGACUGUUUUCAUAAAUUUGAAAAAGAAAUAUAUUUUAUAUGAAAGAUUUAAGUAAAUACUAGUUUUUAAAUAUUUAAAGAAUUAUUUAUAUUCAUUAUGUAAUUAUUAUUUGGGAGUUUCAAUUUGAUUUAGCUAAAUGUAGUUUAGGUUUUUAGUUGCAAAAUAUAAAAGUUUCAACAA